AGAGUAUAACUUCCGUUUAACAAUUAACAACAGCAAUGAAAGCGAUAGCUAUUUUAUUUAUAUUUGGUAUUAUUGGAAUUGGCGCAGAGCCCGUUGGUGUCUGCCCAGGCACCCAUGGUGACUACGUAGAUUUUCUUAUUGAUGAUAGUGAUUGUACUAAGUUUUAUUAUUGCGUAUGGGGUUCGCCGGUACUUUUUACCUGCCCAGAUAACCUACAUUUUAAUCAAGAAUUGGGUGUUUGCGAUUGGCCCGAUAAUGCUGGGUGUGAUGGGGGUGGAGUUGUAACCCCUACACCUACUGAAGAACCGACUGAAGAACCUACUGAAGAACCGACUGAAGAACCUACUGAAAAACCUACUGAAGGGCCUACUGAAACACCAACAUCUCCUCCUGAUUCUUCAGUAUGCGAUUCAGUAACCUGUCCAUUUACUCCGGGCGAUUUCCCCGUUUUCCAUGCUCAUCCCGAAGAUUGCGGAAGAUAUUGUAAAUGCGAUAACUUCGGCACAGUUCAUGAUAUGCCAUGUCCACCUGGAUUACAUUUCAACACCGACUUAAAUGUUUGCGAUUGGCCCGAGAACGCUGGAUGCGAGGGUGGCUCAGUAGAGACGCCUGCACCUACUGAAGAACCUACUGAAGAGCCUACUGAAGAACCUACUGAAGAACCUACUGAAGAACCUACUGAAGAACCUACUGAAGAACCUACUGAAGAACCUACUGAAGAACCUACUGAAGAACCUACUGAAGAACCUACUGAAACACCUACUGAAACACCAACAUCUCCUCCUGAUUCUUCAGCGUGCGAUUCAGUAACCUGUCCAUUUACUCCAGGUGAUUUCCCCGUUUUCCAUGCUCAUCCCGAAGACUGCGGAAGAUAUUGUAAAUGCGAUAACUUCGGUACAGUUCAUGAUAUGCCAUGUCCACCUGGAUUACAUUUCAACACCGACUUAAAUGUUUGUGAUUGGCCCGAGACCGCUGGAUGCGAAGGUGGCUCGGUAGAGACGCCUACACCUACUGAAACACCUACCGAAACUCCUACUGAAACGCCCACUGAAACUCCUACUGAAACACCCACUGAAACACCAACAGAAACACCAACUGAGAAACCUACUGAAACGCCAACUGAAACACCAACAUCUACCCCUGAUUCUGGAAAGUGUGGAUCAGUAACUUGCCCGUACACUCCAGGUGAUUUCCCUGUUUUCCAUGCUCAUCCCGAAGAUUGCGGAAGAUAUUGUAAAUGUGAUAACUUUGGUACAGUUCAUGACAUGCCAUGUCCAGAUGGAUUACAUUUCAACACCGAAUUAAAUGUUUGCGAUUGGCCCAACAACGCUGGAUGCGACGGCUCAGUAGUAACUCCUACACCUACUGAAACGCCCACCUUAACACCAACUGUAACACCUACUGAGAAACCAACUGAAAAACCUACUGAAGCACCAACUGAUCCCACCCCAACAGAUCCAACGCCAACAGAUCCUACCCCAACAGAUUCAACGACUGAUUCAGGCGCUGGAAAAUGUUCAACAGCAUCAUGUCCGAACCCCACUGGAGAAUACCCCGUUUUCUUUGCACAUCCCGAAGAUUGUGAAAGAUAUUGCAAAUGUGAUAAUUACGACAUUGUACAUGACAUGCCGUGCCCACCUGGACUACAUUUCAACACCGAUUUAAAUGUUUGCGAUUGGCCAAAUGAUGCUGGAUGUUCAAUAUAA